CUUUCCAUUCCAUGACAUUAUCCAGGUUUCCCGCCAAAUUGCUGUGCUUGAUGAGUCGACAUGGAGGCCAGAGCUAGCAGUAAUACUCCAUGAAACUUUCAGCGUCCAGCUUCUUCCUGUUCCUGCUGUACCUUUGCACUGACCGAAUAGUACCUCCCCUGCAUUCGACUGAUUGUCCCUGCAUUUAUAAAUUCGACGGAUUGCUCCCUGCGGCGCUGCGUCAGCCAGCAAUGGCUGCUCUAGACUUCGAGGCUCUGAAGAGUUACGUUCGAGAUGGGCCAACGGGUUCCAGCGCGCUCGCCGCUCCCAACGACGGCGACACCGUGUCUCUCCUCGUGACGCACAGCCAUCUGAAGCGGCAAUUCAUCGACCGGAAGUUCUCUCUCAGUAGCACCGUGGAGCGAGUGAAGGAGCAGCUUCAGGUGCACACGGGAACCGCCGUGUCAGCCAUGCAGCUGCAGCUGUUCAGUGCUUCCGGCAACUCGUCUGAAACAGAUACUCUCUUAUAUUCAGGACUCGAGGAUUUCCGACCUCUGGGAUACUACUCCCCUCAGAACGGAUACCGUCUGCAUGUGAUUGACACUGAUCCUACGUCAGCAGCCGCCAGUGGGUGGCUGGAAGACACUUCGCUGGUGGAGAAAUACUCAAUAUCUGAAGAGGACUAUGAGAAACGAGAUGAUUCUGUCCGGAGAUUCAAGCAACAACUGUACACUGCACGGCCUGACCUUGCCCCUCAGCCUGGUUUCUCAGAGGACUUUAUGUCCGACAUUGCAUCGACUAUGAAGGUUGGCGACAGAUGUGAGGUGGACCCAGGGGGCAAGAGAGGAACAGUUGCCUUUGUGGGCACGGUGGAUGUCCUUCCCAAGGGGUUCUGGGUGGGAGUCAAGUUCGAUGAGCCAGUGGGGGUCAAUGACGGAAGUGUGGAGGGGAAGAAGGUAUUUGAUUGUGAGCGCAAUUACGGCUCGUUUUUGCGGCCAGACAAAGUCAAGGUUGGGGACUACCCUGAAAGAGACCCAUUCGAUGAUGACGAGCCCGAUGAAUUCUAAUGACCACCUGCGUUUCGACACCGUAACAGAUCACUAACUCACACAAUGCUCUGCAAAGUUCGUCUGCACAUAUUCAAGAAUGUGGCCCCUGGUCCGUGACCUUAUGCGUAGGGAGGAGUCAUUUCAGACACGCAGACUGUGUAUGUAGGCAGGUAUAUAGGCUGGCAGAUGUACCAAUUUUAUCGUUUGAGUUCUGAUUCUCGAUUUAAUUGCAGGAAU